UAUUAUGUACGUUAAGCUUGCAUUAAAGCCGUAAUUAUGCAAUAACUGACUCAAGAUUAUCGUUUUAUAAAAAAACGUAUAAUACAUUAGCAAAUGCAAAUUAUUUUUCGGCCGUCCGAUGACUCUUCAGUUUUCAUCCCGUAUUAAGCGGACUGAAAUGCGCUUGUGUGGCUAUUCCAAUCAGCAAUGCGCCAUGCUCGCAUGUCUUAGUUUUGCUUCGUGAAAAAACGGGGUCAUGAUUAUUAUUCGCCCGUACAAAUCACCGCUUAGCAAUUCUCACAUUGGAAAUAAUGCCGUACAGGCGAAAGUUUCUCUUCAAGAUGUGCCAGCCAGACACGAAAGUUGCACUUUUUAGUUUCUAAAUGUGUACGCCUACGGCCACAUUGGCUAGAUCGAGUGCGAUCUGUUUUUCUUUUGCUUUUUGAGAUUUCAAUGUGCUCAAACCGGCGCUGUGUAACACUGAAACUGAUAAGAUACUUGUACACGAUUGUUAUUUUCGGAACAUCAUUUGAUUACAUGUCUUGAUUGUGAUUAGGUCGUAAUUCAAAGAUAAAUUGACCUUUCAAAUUCAGUAUACAUUAACGAAAUGCUUAUAACAUUGAUGCCAAAUAUUGUUUCCAAAAGUUCCUUCUUUUAAAAUCUGUGAUUUUAUUCAACGAAAGACUGUUUUAAUUAAGUUUGGUUCACUUAUUUCUGAAAACCUUAAUUUUAGUCAUCGUUUUGAAUAUUCCAAAAUUCAAGUACCAUGAGUUCCUUACCACAAUCAAGUUUGAUAGCCGCAGCAGUUGGUGCAACAAUUGGAGUGAUAACUGUAGCUGCAGCUAUGGUUUAUAAUAAAAUAUUAGAACGUCAACAGCACUCGAGCAUGAAUAGAAAUAUUGAUAAAGUCAAUCGUAAGGUUGCAGAAUUGCAGUCUGAAUUAGAAGAACUAAGAGCACAACAAAUUCUUUUGCAACAGAAAAAUAGAAAAAAAAGAAUAGCCAAAAGACAAAUUUAUACUGAAGAAAAUACACUGUCAGAAACUGAUAAUGUUGACAUAGAUACAUUUUCUUAUACAACUGGUACAGAUUUUGGAGAUGAUGAAUUUUUCGAUUGUUCGGAUGAUGAAAUUGAUCCUUUGGAAGCUGAUAAUGGGACUACCAAUGGAACAAGCGAAGACCCAGAAUUGCUAGAACUUGACAAAGAAAACGAGGACCCAAAUUCGCAUGAAGUUUUAUAUAUUAAACUAAAAAAUUUAUUAACUGAAAAUUCAAAUGAUGUGGAAAUUGUUUGGAGAUUCGCAAGGGCUUGUUAUAAUAUGUAUAAUGCACAAAAAGAUAAUCCAGAAAAGGCUAAAGCCUACUUAUUUGAAGGCUGCGAAGCAUGUGAAAAAGUUAUACACAUUUGUCACGCUAAAUUAUACAAAUGGUAUGCCAUUAUGGUUGGUUUGAAAUGUACAUUUUUGCCAACGAGAGAAAAAAUCGAAGCUGGAUAUCAGUAUCAAGACUAUGUGCUAAAAGCUCUUGAAUUAGAUCCCAAUGAUUGUUAUUUACACCAUUUAUUAGGCAGAUUUAAAUAUGAAUUAUCAGGCUUAAGUUGGAUUGAGAGAAAAGUAGCAGCCACUUUAUUUUCUGAGGUUCCAAGCGCUACUUUUGAAGAUGCAAUUCCACACUUUGAAACUGCAGAUAAAUUAGGGGAAAAGCAUCACUUUGAAAAUUCAUUGUUACUUAGUAAAUGUUAUAUUGCCAUGGGAAAAUAUUCUGAAGCUAUACCAUGGUUAAAAAAAAUAAGUAAGUGUCCUGACAGCAAUACAGACGAAGAAACUAAAUAUCAAAUUGAAGCAAAUAAACUUUUGGAGAAAUAUUCCGAUUAUUGUACAUAGACAGGGUGCAUUUUAUCAUUCCAUGUGUGAAUAAGUGUUAUUCAUUUGUAACAGUAGUUAAACGUGAAUGUAAUAUAAGAGUAUAUAUGAAACAGUACGUGGUGAUAGUAAAUGAUAAACUUGUGUAGUGUCUGAAUUGUGUACAUACAUUGAUCAUGAAAACUUUUUCAAAAUUUCUCAUUGUUUAGUAUAAAAGAAGUGUCAUCAAAGAGUAUUAAUGUAUUGCAUCAACAAAUUGUUCAUUGAUAAAAAUUUGUCGUCAAUUUUUUCAAAAAUUCUUAAAUUGGAUGUAAAGAUACAAAUUUCAUUGGUUCUUAGGCAGGAAUUUUAUGAAUUACUUCUAGCUCAAUGAAAUUGAGAGUUUUAUAUGAUUUGAUUUAAGUAUAUAAAUUCAUGUGGUAUGAGUACUUUUUAAAAAAAUGCGAAAUGCUUUAAUUACUUUACAUGUUGUAAACCUAUUUUAUGUUACAUGACUUCUUUCCUAUAUUCAAGAAAAUAUUAGUGAAUUUUGUACAAUACUUUCGGUUGCAUGAUUGUUUAAGUAAGAUCGAUUAAAUUUAAAUGGUGUUGGAAAAACAGAUUUUUUGUUGACAUUGAUAGAUCGAAGCUUUGAAAAUAUACUUUUUAGGGAUGCGUUUUCUUAGGUAGAAAAGUACUAAAAAAAAUCUGUACAAAAUCUCAUGUAACUUGUUUAUCUUUCAAUGGCUAAUUGUUUGGCUUGUCAAGCCUCGUGAAGUUUUGUCAAGACGUGUAGUUACAUAAAUUUAUUGUUAUUGAAUGAUACCUUCUAGGGUCGUAAUUUUUUAUA